AGAGAAAAAAAUGAGAAACCGAGGAAUGCUUCCCCGUGCUGCAGAAGCACAGUGGGCUCACUUUGGGCUUCUUUUAAGCCCCUGAAUCAAUCUGCAUAUCCACAUGAUCUCAGAUGACCCGCGGUCGGGGCUGCGGCGGCAGUUUCUAAGGCAGCCUUGGCCCGCCCGGAGCAGCAGGUAGGGGAGGGCCGCAUGGUCGGGAGCCGUGCCACCCUCCCGCCCCGCGCCCCGAGCAGCGCACCCGCGCCCGCCGGGGAGGCAUGAGCGACGGAGCUGCAGCUCCGCGCCGCGGUAAGUGUGGUCAUCUCUGUAAGUGUGAGAGCAUCAUGGUGGCAUUUAAGGGAGUCUGGACUCAGCCAUUCUGGAAAGCAGUUUCAGCGGAGUUUUUGGCCAUGCUCAUUUUUGUCCUCCUCAGCCUCGGUUCCACAAUCAACUGGGGUGGAGCAGAGAAGCCCCUGCCUGUAGACAUGGUCCUUAUCUCCCUCUGCUUUGGACUCAGCAUUGCAACCAUGGUGCAGUGCUUUGGACACAUCAGCGGAGGCCACAUUAACCCUGCUGUGACAGUGGCAAUGGUCUGCACUAGGAAGAUCAGCCUCGCCAAGUCCAUCUUCUACAUUCUUGCCCAAUGCCUGGGGGCCAUCGUAGGCGCAGGCAUCCUUUACCUCAUCACACCACCAAGCGUGGUAGGAGGCCUGGGAGUCACUGCGGUACAUGGAGAUCUUUCCGCUGGCCAUGGACUCCUGGUGGAGUUGAUAAUUACAUUCCAGCUGGUUUUUACUAUUUUUGCCAGCUGUGAUUCAAAACGAAGUGAUGUCACUGGUUCAGUAGCUUUAGCAAUUGGAUUUUCUGUUGCAAUUGGACAUUUAUUUGCUAUCAAUUACACCGGUGCCAGUAUGAACCCUGCCCGAUCGUUUGGUCCUGCUGUCAUCAUGGGGAAAUGGGAAAACCAAUGGGUAUAUUGGGUGGGACCAAUAAUAGGAGCAGUCCUUGCUGGUGCUCUUUAUGAGUACGUCUAUUGCCCAGAUGUUGAACUCAAGCGCCGUUUUAAAGAUGUCUUCAGUAAGGCCACCCAGCCAUCCAAAGGGAAGUACAUCGAGGUGGAUGAUAACAGGAGCCAUGUAGAGACCGAUGACCUGAUCCUGAAGCCUGGCAUAGUUCAUGUGAUUGAUAUUGACAGGGGUGAGGACAAGAAGGGAAGAGAUGCAUCCAGCGAGGUGUUGUCUUCUGUAUGACUAGCAAGAAGCACUGAAAACAGAGAGCAGCCUCCUAGCACGUCCACAGAUAUCCUUCCACCUAUUAAAGAAACAGAUCUCCUCUAGACUGAGCAUCUACCAUUCCUUAAAAGGUAUGGUGUGGGCAGCUGAAUGGUAAUGGUGUCACCAAACCAUACUCCUGCUCAGUUGCAAGAUUAGGACUUUGUAUAAUUAGGAUUCCCCAUCAAUUAUUCCAAAUUAGGACUUGUUCCUAGUAUUUCUCUUUCCUUCUUUCUGGAGCAACCAAAAAGUAAAAAAAAAAAAAAAAAAAGAAGAAGAAGAAGAAA